CCUCCGCGGUCGCUGUCUACAGACUGUGCAGGGGCGGACUGGCCAUCGGGAAUACCGGGGACAUCCCCGGUGGGCCGAUGGCCGAAAAUAUAAAUCCAACGGCCCAUCACUAUUAUGUACCGGCCCACGCCCAUCAUCGCAUCAGCCCUACAGUGGUUGAAACAGCGGCACAAGCGUAAUUUUCUCCAAGAGCUAUACCUAGAGCUCCAAGAGCUACUCGCACUGACUGCUUUUAUACUGCUACUCGCAAUCGGUCUUCACACUCAUGGUGACUAUUUUUCGAUUUUUUUUUAAGUGUCUUUUAAUAUGUGUUUUACAGACUUCGGAAGUCCAAAGUAAGAAAAGAUCUCCACCUUAUUAAUAAACACCUCUAAAUUGGUUCUUACACAGCCGAAGUGUAGAGAAUUUGGAUUUGCAUACAUACACGCAACGCGGCACCCAGUUCUACGCAUGCGCACAACCCAUGAGGCCCAGCUCUUCGUUGCCUUCGUUGUUUUGGAGAGUGCGAGAGCAUGCCGUCGGCACCAAAACGAAAAGGUGGAGCUGAAAAGCUAAGAGAUAAAAAGAAAAAAUGUCUGGAGAAAGGUGCCUCAAAACAUUUAAAAAUAUCAAAUUUCUUUGGAAAACCACCGACUGGUGACAGUGAAAAGGUAAGAUGUGGCGUUGACGUUGCCAAAUGUGAGCUUUCUAUUCGCAGAUGAGGUAACGUUCCCUACAGCUAGCCUUGCAUAUAUAGACCGUUAUGAUCUGGUAAAAUAAGCAAGCUGGUGUUGUUGUCAACAUCUAGAUUAUCUAUUUUAACAUGUUAGCCGUAGUCACUGGCUUACAAUUGAUGAGCAAGCUAUCCAUGGUGGUAGUUGUAAAUAGGACAAUCUUAUAAUUUCUAUUAACCUGUGACAAAUAAGUUAACCAGCUAGUUUGUUAUGCUAAAAUCUAAAAUUAUAAAUAAUGUUUAUAUGUUAUCUAGAUUGUUAAUAUGUUAUGUAGAGGCGUUGACUUGGCCAAGUAUAGCAUGCAUUUCACAACAUAUUAAACAAAAUGUUAAUAUGUUAUCUAGAUUGAUGAUUCAGCUGCUGGAAGCAGCAGCCAGGGGCAUGAGAGCCAAGAUAAGAGCCAGGGUACAACGUACACCGUAAGUAACACUUUAAUAUACCAAGUACAAAAAUAGUGUAUUUCAAUUGAGCAGAUGUAUUAAGAUAAAGUCCGAUUAACGAGUUAUUAACGACGCUGCAAACCCAUUUUAACGACGUCAAUGUUUUUCUCGCGAGAUUAACGUUCCUUUUGGUCAACAGGCUUGUCUACUUUCUAUUGGUAACCUAACUGUUAAGGUUCAUUGUUUCUUAAAUAAGAGGCCUGGCGAUGUUCACAGCAAACUUGAAAAAAUGAAUUAUUAAGCCAUGGUUUGACUGCACUAUAGGCUGAGUCUUUGUGAAAUGUGCACUUUAUAAUUAUAUUUUGUAGCGCCCUGUUUGGCAAUGUUGUUUUUCAAUAAAAUAAAACAUUUGCAUAAAGCAAGCCAAUCCACUUUUCCAUGUUGAUAAGAGCAUUACAAUAAUAGGGACAUUCAAAAAUUGCGAUUAAUUGUGUUUAAAUAUUUUAAUAGUUUGACUCAUUUCAAGUAUAUUUAUCUAAUACACAUUGAGUGUACUAACCAAUAGUGGAAAGUUAAUUAUAAAAAAGUAUUCUUAGUACACUUAAAUGUAAUGUUCUUAAGUGUAGUUUGCUGAUAGUGUUGUGUCAAUGGUUUAACAUACUAACAUGAUAAACCCUAUUUACCACUCACGUAGGCUGAAGAUGACAGUGAUAGGGAUAUCAGCCAGGAUGACAGAGAAAGUCAAGGCCAAGAGGAUAGGGAUAGCAGCCAGGAUGACAGAGAAAGUCAAGGCCAAGAGGAUAGGGAUAGCAGCCAGGAUGACAGAGAAAGUCAAGGCCAAGAGGACAGGGAUAGCAGCCAUGAUGAUAGAGAAAGUUGAGGCCAAGAUGACAGGGAUGAUCAAGGGCAAGAAGACACAGAAAGUGAAGGCAAAGAUUUUGAUUAUUUCACCAGGCCGAAGUCAGACACAUUUGACCACUUCUUCCGUUUUCACCCACAGCAGAAGGCAGACAAGGCUGUAGUGCAGAGAGCUUUUUUUUGUAAAGACGGCACAAACAGAAAAUGGCUUUCAUACAGUCAAGAAAAAGAAGCCCUCUUCUGUUCCCUUUGUCUCGCCUUUGCUAAUCACACAGAAAGCAGCACGUUCAUCACUGGCAUGUCCAACCUCACACACAUACACCAGAGAGUUGAAGAGCAUGAGAAGAGCCAACUACACAGAGGUUGCGCUGAGGCAUAUUUUCUCCGAUCUUCAAGAAGCACGAUCCAGGACCUUCUCAUGGGACCUCAGAUGUCACUUCACAGAGAGCAAGUCCGCAGAAGGCGACAAGUGUUGGAGCGCAUUAUAGAUGUAAUAAAGCUCAUCGGCAAAAGAGGUUUGAGCUACAGAGGCAGGCAGAAAGAGGCAGCAUACACACUGGAUGACGACACUAUUGACCAUGGUAACUUUUUGGAAAUAACAGUUUUACUGGGAAAAUAUGAUGUUUGUCUCAAGGAACACCUCACUCUCUGCAUCGAAAAGAGCAAGAAGAUUCACCAGUCUGGUUCAACAAAAGGUAGAGGUGCCCUUGUCACUCUCCUAUCCAAAACGACCAUCGACUACAUCAUCACCACCAUUCAACGCCUCAUGAAAAGUGCCAUCGCUGCUGAAGUCCGGAAAUCUGGAAUGUACUCGGUCCAGAUCGACACCACACAGGACAUCACAGCCCAUGAUCAGUGCUCUGUUGUCAUACGGUAUGUGACAGACACUGUUCAUGAGCGACUAGUUGCUGUGACCAGAUGUGAGGCUUCCACUGGGCAGUACUUUGCCCAACUUGUGAAUGGCGUGCUGGUGGCCAUGGAUCUGGAUGUGAAGCAGUGUAUUGGGAAUUCCACCGAUGGGGCCUCCAAUAUGCAAGGCCAAUAUAAAGGCUUCUCUGCAUUGCUCUCUGAAAAGUGCCCAACACAAAUCCAUGUGUGGUGCUAUUCACACAUAUUAAAUCUUGUGCUGACAGACACAACACAGUGUGUGCUGGCAAGUGGCUCUCUUUUUUCACUUAUGAACCACAUCGCUGUCUUCUUCAGAGAGUCCUACCAGAGGAUGAACAUCUGGGAAAAGGAGAGCAAAGACCCAAGACGCAGACGUCUCACCUCUAUAGGAGAAACGUGAUGGUGGUCCAAAGAUGCUGCUCUGACGAAGGUGUUUGGCUCUUUUGGAAAGCCAGACGGGGCCCUGUAUUUUGAUGUCCUUCACACCCUCUCAGCCAUUCAAGAUGGAGAGACCAUCAAUGCCACGGCGAGAGUAAAUGCCCAGGGAUACAUCGGCCAGCUUCUAAAGUAUGAAACUAUACUAACAGCUCAGAUCUUCCUGCGAAUUUUCCAGGUCACUUCACCAGUUUCAAAAUAUCUUCAAACCAGUGGAAUGGACAUCCUGACAGCUCAUCGGAUGGUUGCGACUGCAGAAGCAGAGCUGAAAGAAAUGACCAGAGAUUUUCAGAGCAUCAAGACAGCAGCCGACAAAUUCAUCCAGUGGGCCAACUAUAAAAUUGGGGAGGAGAGUGAGGAGACUGAGCUGGAGGUGGAGACCACUCUGCCACAGAAACGGGGAAGAAGGAAAAAAUCGAUGCCUGGAGAGAGGUCCCGAGAUGAGGCUGUGACAGAUGCCGAAGCAUCAUACAAGAUUGAGGUUCACAAUCGAAUAAUGGACACAGUCGCAGGAAGCAUGCACCAACGUUUCCUCAAGAAUGGCACUUUGUAUGCUGAUCUGGCACUUCUGGACCCAAAAAACUUCAGCCAGGUUAUAUCCUACGGCGAAAGUUUCCCAGAGGCAGCACUUCAAGAGCUAAGCAAAUGUUUGCUGCCAUUUGAUGACAGAGCAAAAGAGGCAGAGUUACAAAGCGAACUCAAAAGUCUGGCACGACAAUGGGAUAGGCUGAAGUCAUCAGUAUUUGAUGAAUACACAACAAAGACAACAGAACCCGGGCCAGAGGAUGCUGAAGAUGAGGCAGAGAUAGUGUACAAAAAGUGCUCAUCUUGCAAGGACUGUCCAAUCUGUUGCUACCGAGUUCUGAAGCAGUACAACCUCCUGACAGAUGCAUACCACAUCAUAGGCCUUGCAUACAGGUUCCUGCUUACCCUCUCUGUCACACAGGUAGCAUGUGAGCGAAGCUUUUCAACCCUGAAAUACAUAAAAAACAGGCUCAGGAGCUCACUCUCUCAACAGCACCUGGAGGCUUUUAUGUUGAUGGCUACUCAAACAGAUGUUUUGCAGAUGCUGGACAGUGAGAAAAUCAUUGACGGUGUUGCAGAAAAGAGUGAGCUGCUGCAAAAACUACUCAUAAGGCCACUGACUGUUCGAUACGCGC